AUGGAGUCCCUGCGAUUCCAGCUCAGCGAUACGCAGGGGGCGCUCACGGAGAAGACCCGCCAGUGGCGGCAGCUGCGGGUAGACCACAAGGCAGCGCAGGAGGCCUGGGCGCAGGAGAAAGGAGAGCUGGAGGCGAGGAUAGCACAACUGGAGACGGACAACAACCGACUACGGGGGGCGAAUGGGGGCGUUGAUGGCGGAGAGAAGCUGCAGGGGCCGCCGGGAGGGGACGGUGGGACGGUCACAAUCACCCGCGCGCGGAUGCGAGACGCCGAGGCGAAAUACCAGAAGCUCACGGACGAUCUAGCGGAGAAGACCAGGCUGAGCGAGGCGCUGCACCAGCAGCUUCUACGCGCGGGGAGCGGCGGCGGCGGCGAUGGCGAUCCCGGGGCGGCGCUGCGGCGGACCCUCGUCCCCGCGCUCACCGACGACCAAGCGGUCGCGCGCUGGAAGGCGGUUCGGGACGGCGUGCGCGCGCUCGCGCGCAGACUUUCCGGCGGGGGCGGCGGCAGCGGGUCGCCAGGGGAGCGGCUUAAGCAGCAGCAACAACUCCAGACGCACGACCGCGUGCGCCUCGAGCUCGAGCAGCUGUCGGCGCACUGGCGCGACUACCACGCGACGGCGCGCACGAGGCCGUACCUGCUGCGCGCGCUGGUCUGGCGCUACCUGCACACGUGCCUGUUCGCGCGGCCGUGGCGGGUGUGGGGGCGGGAGCUCGGCGGCGCGGCGGCGCAGGUGGAGCGCGCGCUCGGGACGGCGGGGGCGGAGGGCGAGGAGCGCCGCGACUGGCGCGCGCGCACCGCGGCGCUGCUGCGGCGCGCCUGCGAGCCCGACGCCCAGGUGCUCGGGGACACGGCGCGCGGCAUCGUCGAGGCGGCGGAGCAGGUCGCCGGCGCGGCGGACCGCCAGCGCCCCGAGCUCGAGCGCGCGGUCGCGGACAUCGUGGCGGCGGCGGCGGCGCUCGCGGCCGACCUCCACCGCUCGCGCUGCUUGGUGCUCAUGUCGGACCGGCCGGGCAGCCGGCUCACGCGCGGGUUCCCCGUGCGCGAGAAGACGAUGGAGGUGCGCAGCAGGUUCGGCUCGGGAACGGCGGUGGACCUGAUGGUGUCGCCGUGCCUGCUCAGGGAGGACUGCGACAACGACGACUACGCCGUGCUCGUGAAGGCGGAGGUCAUCUGCUAA